AUAUAUAUAUAUCUUUAUUAGUGUUUUUAAAUGCAGAAGUUUCGUUGACACAUCUCUAAAUAAAUUGAAACGAAUGAAUGCUUUGUUCAUGGAAUGAUAGUAUCGUUUUAUUAUUUUGUGAGGUUACGUAGCCACAAAUGACAGGAGCAUUUGGUCGUACACAAAUCGAACCUAGAAGUCAUGUAAAAGAAAUGUACAGAAGGUUUGGAAUCGAAGCGUCCUUUUAAUUCUUACCGUGAUAAAUCGAGCUCUAAAUUUUACAAAUAUUUGGGAAUUUAUGAAUGUGGCCACAGCGAGAUAUUUUGCGGAGGGUCUUUACUGGGGUUAUUGUGACCCAGGUAGACCGAAAAUCCGCCUUAACAAUAAGCUUUUGAUCAAGACUGCCAAUGUAAGACUGAACUACUGAUGCAUGAGAUAAUUGUCUUUGAUGUUAAGUACGGACAGCAUCAAUGGGAAACCUUUUCUCGUGCUUUAAGGUGUCUCUUCCACCAGCCACCAAUGAUCAAUCCAUGUCAUUAGAACAUAAAGACGAAACAAUGGAACUUAGGGGUUUGUUCCCAAAUUCUUGCCAACAAACGAGGUCUAUGGCACCUGAACCACAUAUAAACGGAAACAGAAAAUCGAUUGCCACAUUAUCAACGUUCAACAGUGUAGGAUCUGAUAAUUGUGGAUCUGUACCUAGCGUGCAAAAUAAUGUACGUUUGUCGAGAGGAUUUUAUGCACGUUUACCACCAUUGGGAAGAUCCGGACCAUCGGUUGGUCUCAACGUAACAAUUGAAUCAAAACAACAAAGAGAACCAUCUGAGAACAAGAUAAAUGCUUUGUUUGACCAAUAUAAGGAUCCACACGAAGAUGUAAUUUUAGCCGAUGGUAUAGAAAGACUUUGCAAUAAUUUACAACUUUCACCAGACGAAUUUCAAGUACUUGUUCUUGCUUGGAAACUAAACGCUGAACAGAUGUGCCAAUUUACACGUCAAGAAUUUGUGACAGGUUUAAAAGCAAUGAAAGUAGACAGUAUACGUGCUAUACAAACAAGAUUACCAGAAAUUGUUCAAGAGUUAACAGUAAAUAGUGAUUUAUUCAAAGAUCUCUACCGAUUUACGUUCCGGUUCGGCUUAGAUGUUAAUUCCGGUCAGAGAAUAUUACCAGCUGAUAUGGCAAUCGUACUAUGGAAACUCGUUUUUACGUUACGUGAACCACCUCUUUUAUCUAGAUGGCUUACAUUUCUCGAGUGCCAUCAUGUUCGAGGUAUACCCAGAGAUACAUGGAAUAUGUUUUUGAAUUUUGCUGAAAGCAUCGGCGAUGAUCUUGGUGCCUACGAUGAUGCAGAAGCAUGGCCAAGUUUAUUUGAUGAUUUUGUCGAGUAUGAAAAUGAUCAAAUGAACCAAAACAUCAGUAAAGAUGAUAUCAUAAAAGAUGUUUCUAUCGAUAAACCUUAAUGUCGGUAUUCUAAAGUAAUUUUCAACUUAACAAGGUAUCACCUUACAUUUGAUCCUCGAACAAAAUUUAUUUUAAAUUCUUUGACAAUGAAAUCAUAAAAAUAAUUUCCUUGCAAU